AGAUUUUUUACCUAAAUUUUUUACCAAACAACGAAAAGGACGUUAUUUGAAAUUUCAUAACAAAGAAACCCGAAAAUAAGUCAAAGUCGACUUUGAUUAAUUGCUAAACGAAAGUUAAGCUCACUAACCUUGACCCCACUGACUUUGACCGCAGACAGUUCCACGCGCGCGCGCGCUGCUUUUUUUUUUAUCCAAAAUGAGUAUUAUCGAUAGCGGACGUUAUCGGCUGCGUAAAGAUUGGGCCAGCGCCUCCAUACCGUCAUUGGUCGACAUCGAUGAGCAUGUGAGUGAUGAGGUAGAGAAUUCGCUGAAUAUUACCACACCGUUGCCGCCACCAAAGCCGCCACGUCGCAGCUCAUUGGCCUUGGGUUUGUUCUCAAGCAAAGGCGAUAAGAGUCAGAAGCGACGCAGCUCGAUUGCGGUGUUUUUACGACGCGACAGUAAUAAGAAUACAACCAAAGAUUCAUAUGAAUCAGCUGUGAAACACGAAAAAAGCGAUGGCUCCAACACACCCGCUAGUCCGGAAAUUUCCUUCAGCUCAGCGGAGCAUGUGCGUGCCUCAUCGCCCAAUGAACCGGGCAAAGUAACCUAUUUCGAUGAUGGCUCUAGCCUAAGGCCCAUUGUGAAGGGUAUAAACAAUACUUACGAUUCGCCCGUAGACAAAGAGCGUAAUCGUCGACGACGCAGUUCACUUCAAGCCAAAUUAGAGCGACAUCGUCGCAAGAAUAACGACAUCAGUCAAUUGAGCAUAGACAACAGCCUGCCAAGCGGCUCACAAAGCGAUUUGACCAAUGGCAGUAUGGGCGGUAGCGCCAUCGGUGCAUCGUCGGGUGAUCUAUCCGGCGGUGAUAUCGAUCCGCAUCAUUCGGCUUAUUUUCCGCGUCAGAAACGUCAUUCGUGGUGGAAUAUUUUCGUGCCAGACAACUUGAAGACCAGGUCACGUAGGGCUAGUCAAGAUGUAUCGCUUUUGUCACGCAGCGUUGACAAUUUAGCCGUGCCAGUGCGUCGGAGCAAAUCACGUAGCGUUGAUCACGGCCUUGCUGCGCCGUUCGAUUUGGACUCACUGCGCUCGAAGGUGGAGGGACGCUUUGAGAGCGUUGAUCGAUUGACAAAUGAACGCAAAAAGUCUUCGCUGCCCACCAUACCGACCAAAUCGUAUACGGUGGGUAAUCGUGAUACCUUGACCUCGGUGGCCGCACGUUUCGAUACAACACCCUCAGAGUUGACACAUCUCAACCGUUUGAACAGUUCAUUCAUCUAUCCGGGCCAACAGUUGCUGGUGCCGGAUAAGAGUGCGGCCAAGAAUGAUUCGGUCAGUGGCAGUGCGACUGGCAUCGAUGAGAAGGGCUCCGACGCCAGCAUAUCGGGCAAAUCGAGCCCCAUUGAUCGCAAACUAUCAACCACCGAUGAGCAGAAUGAUGAAAAUGAUAUACUAGAAGGUCUCCGCCCUGGUUCACCUAAGCCGGGUCAUAUAGAACGCGUCGAUUCUGCAAAGAGCACCGACAAUGCACAAGCCGAAGCAAAUAAGAGUGACGAUCCCGUCAUCACACAACGUUUCCUCAAAAUCAAUGUACGCCAUAUCACCGAUGGACAAGGUGUCGUGGGUGGUGUCCUGUUGGUCACACCCAACGCCGUUAUGUUCGAUCCGAACGUCUCCGAUCCGUUAGUUAUUGAACAUGGACCCGAGAGCUACGGUGUAAUUGCACCCAUGGAAUUGGUCGUGAAUGCCGCCAUCUUUCACGAUAUAGCGCAUAUGCGUGUGUCGGGCGGUGUAAAUACCGAACAAAAUGAAAAUGCCGAAAUCUACUAUCCACAAGCAGUAUUAGAAGCGAAACAGGCUAAAGAGGCCAAAGAGCGGGGCGACGAAAGUGUUGACGGUGCGCGCAAGCAAAGCGCUACAGGUGGUUCCAUGGAGACAUGUGACGAUCAGGAGUCGCUAUGCUCCAACACGGGCGAACGUGAGCAAAAAGACGCAGAGAAGGGUGUAGAAGCCAAAGAAGAAAGUGCUAAGACUGAUGAUGAGGUCAACACGAAAGCCAACAAAACCGAAGACGAUGCUGAUGCUAAUGAUUUGAAGAAAACACUUAACCUCACCGAUACACGCACCACACUGGAGGAACGACGCAAAAGUCUAUUGGAUCACCAUUGGGCCAUACCGAGCAAAGAUCGCCUCUAUUAUCUUAAUUCCCGAAGAUCAUCGGAAGACGAAGGCGACAACGAAUCGCAAACGACCAUUGAUAGCGGUGCCCGUGGGCAGGAUCCACAUUCGGCCACUUCCUCCAUCAGCGGCAUCGGUGCGGCUAGUGGCGCUUUACAUUUGCCUGGCGGUCUGGCGCCGGCCGAUCUCGAACAUCUGGAGGAGCUAGCUAAGCAAUCGUGCUAUGACUCGGGCAUCGAUAUACGUGAACCCAUAGCAAAUUUGCAGCCCAUACCAAAGAAGACCGUUUACAGUGAUGCCGAUAUUGUGCUGAGCUCCGAUUGGGUGCCACCGAAGACCAUCUCGCCGACACUGAUGAGCGAAUCGCCGCCGCGCAGCUCUGUGCUGAGCGCACAAAGCCUUGACGCGGGCACGGCUGGCGGGCGCAAGAAGACCACUAGCGUCAGCUUCAGCGUGGACGAUAACAAUAGCGAGCAACAGGCUGCGGCGGCGGUGGCGGCAUCGGCGGCAGCGGCAGCCGCACAGGGUGACAAGAAUACUGAGAAGAAGAAUAAAAUGUUGAAACGCUUAUCAUAUCCUUUGGCUUGGGUGGAAGGCCUAACUGGCGAAGCAGGCGGCCCUCCGGGCACUGGUGGCAGCCUCGGCAAGUCGGCGGACUCUGAGUCGGCGCCCAACACGGGCGAUUCGAAUCAGAGCGUAUUUUCGAAAGUAUUUUCAAGUUCACCCAUUACUUUGGUCUCAGAGUUGGGUGGCAAUUUAUUUUCAAAAACACCGUCCGAAGACUCUGGUGGCUCACCAGUGCCACCAUUGACUCCACAUUCAACUCAUUCCGAGGGUCAUAUUUCCACUGGACGCUCAUCGAUUGGCACAUUUAUGCGUCCACAAUCGUCGGAGGGCACUGCUUCCACAACGAAAUUGAAGGACGUGAAACAGCAACCGAAAUUGGACUACCGUUCGAUGGUAUCAGUUGAUGACAAACCGGAAUUGUUCAUUAGCGUUGACAAAUUGAUACCACGACCGGCACGCGCCUGUCCGGACCCACCAUUGUACUUACGCCUGCGCAUGGGCAAGCCCAUUGGCAAGGCAAUACCGCUACCGACUUCAGUUAUGUCUUAUGGCAAAAAUAAAUUGAGACCUGAAUACUGGUUUAGUGUACCUAAAAAUCGCGUUGAUGAAUUGUAUCGUUUCAUAAACACCUGGGUGCAGCACCUGUACGGUGAAUUGAAUGAGGAGCAAAUCAAAGCGCGUGGCUUCGAACUCAUCCAAGAUGAUACCGAGUGGACGAAGAGCGGCAGCGGCAAGAGCGGACGCAGCGGCAGCCAAGAGAACGAGGAGAUUAGUGACUUGACACGCGAGUCGUGGGAGCUUAUAAAGGCGCCCUUCGCCAAGACCUACAGCAUUAUAAAAACGGCAAAGCAUGCCGCAUCGCAUGAAAUGGAUUUGUUGAGCGGCGAGGUGCUGUCUAUGAGCACAGAUGAUUAUCGCAAGGCUUCAUUAUUUGCAACCGGUUCCUUUGACUUGGACUUCCCCAUACCAGAUUUAAUUGGCACAACAGAAAUUCUCACAGAAGAGCAUCGUGAAAAACUUUGUGGACACCUACCCGCACGCGCCGAAGGCUAUUCGUGGUCAUUGAUAUUCAGCACCUCCCAGCAUGGCUUCUCGCUGAAUUCGCUCUACCGAAAGAUGCAGAAACUCGAAAGUCCCAUACUAAUUGUCAUACAAGAUACAGAUAAUAAUGUCUUUGGCGCUUUAACGUCCUGCUCCCUGCACGUGUCCGAUCACUUCUACGGCACCGGCGAAUCGCUGUUAUACAAAUUUAAUCCCAGCUUUAAAGUGUUCCAUUGGACCGGCGAGAAUUUAUAUUUCAUUAAGGGCAAUAUGGAGAGCUUGUCGAUCGGUGCUGGAGACGGUCGCUUUGGUCUAUGGCUAGACGGUGACCUCAACCAAGGGCGAUCACAAUCCUGCAGCACAUACGGCAAUGAGCCACUAGCACCGCAAGAAGACUUCGUUAUCAAAACACUCGAAUGCUGGGCAUUUGUUUAAGAUUUUGUAGUGAAAGCAAACAGAAAAUUAUUACGAAAGCUAAACUAUUUUAUAAUUAGUGGAGAAAAGAAAACUAUCAAAGAAAACAAGAGAGCAAACAUAUUUAACUUUGUGUAACAACCAAUUUAGGAAAAACAACAAAUGCAAGCGAAGCGAAACUUCUCAAAGCCCCAUAAAGUUGAAGUGUUUCAAAAACAACAACAAGAAAGUGGUGGCGCGACCAGCGCCAACCUGUGGUACGCUGCGGCGAAAGCAGAAACAACACGUCUGCAACAACAAAAGCUAAAGCAAAAGCAAAAGCAAAAGAAAUUUAUAAUUAAAACUAUUAAAUUAAGUUAAUCAUAUUAUAAUAAUUAAACAUUAAGCGCUAUUAAGCAAAUCAUUUAGAACGAAAGGCAAGAAUUGUUAUUAUUAUUUUUAUACAUACGGCUGACGCAUAUUCAUGCGCGCGCAGCACAUUUUGAAAACACACAUGCAACUUGGCGUCAAAUGUCAGCCUUAAAAGUGUCAUUUGAGUAAAAAAACACAACACAAAAAACAGCAAAAGCGCCAGAGUAGUGAAGAAAGCAUAUAAACUAAACACACAUACACAUUUACAUACAUACAACCAUAAGCGCUAAGCAUAAUUUUGUGCAAAUGCGCUACACACACACUCACACAAAUGCUGUGUCAUUGCUUUAUUUAAGUUAUUAUGUAUUAAUGCUACAACAAAAAUGUAAAAGUCGACUUUUCGAAAGACACUUUAAGUUGCAGUAUUUCGUGAGAAAGCCUCCUGAAAGUAACUAAACUGUUUGGCAAAGCGAGUCGGAAGCUAUUUCGCUGGCACAGCAUGUGGUUUAGCGCUACUUUCGGGAGGCAGCAGCUCGUAGUGCAAUUAUUCAUUAGAAAAGUACGGCUAUUUAAUUAAAAAAUGUAUUUAAACGUAAUAUUGUUGCAUACUUUGUAGCGCAGUAGAUUUUGUAGAAUUGUGCGUUCAAAAAUUAUAAUUGAAAAGUAGUAACUUUGUGGAAUAAAAGUGUGAAAAGCGCCUAUAAAAAAUGGCUUAUAACGAAACAAAAACAACUUCUUCUCUUACUUUAUAUUAGCAUAAUGAUUGAGUAAAUUGAGUAAAAAAAUUGUUGGGUUUUGAAAGGUAUAUAUGUAUAUAACAUAAAAUGUUACAGUUAGUAUGCGCAGUAAAAAGUACCGUAAAAAAUCAGUAAUACGCAUAUACUAAUUUUAAAGAAAUAUACAUAUGUAUUGAUUAUGGUUAAAAAAAAUUAAUUAUCGUAACGUAACGUAACUUAAUGUGACAUAACGUAACGUAAACAAAAUUUAUCGUAACGUAACGCAACUUAAUGUGACAUAAUAUAAUGUAACCUGACUUGGCGUAACGUAACGUAACUUAAAUAAUUUAGCAGUUGUAAAAAUUUAAAAUUAUAAAUUUAUUUAAAAAUGCUUAUAUAGACAUACAUGUGUAUGUAUGUGUAGCAUUUACACCAACGCCUGUCAUGCUGUUGCUUUCGGGCCACAGGCCCUAUGCUGCAAAUAUACACACCUACAAGAUACUUAUCGCCACCAACCACACCACUUCUGUAGCGCUUUGAGAAGCAAGCACUUGCUUCAUGGUUUGAUUUUUGUUGACAAUUUAAGAAUUUCAUAAAUUUAAUUUUAAAUGUUGUAAUAACAAAAAAAAAUUUAUUAAAAAAAAAAAACGAAAAAUAUAUAUACACACACAUAAAUAUUGUGAGCUAGCUAGCUGUUAAAAAACGCAUUGAUUGCGUCAUAAUUACACUUAAGUUUUUAAUAGAAUGAGUAAUUUACACUUAAUUAAAUAAUUAAACUAAUUCUUAUUAUUAUGACCAUAACUGUAGCGUUUAUUUCAUUGUUAUUAACGUGCAACCAUAGAGCAUUGAAGUCGCGUAUUUUUGUUUGUUUAUUUUUUAAUUCAGAAAAUUAAUUUAUAUUGUUUUAAAAGGAUAGUAAUUUUCAUGCAUAAUGGACCUAAAGUAAUUGAAAAUAUUCAAUUUAAUAAUUAUGAAAAUUUUAAUAUAAUUAUACAAAAAGAAGCGUUGAAAACAAACAAAUAAAACGCAAAUCAAGAGUUCAUAUGUACAUACAUAUAUAUAUAAAUAUAUGGCAAUUAUUAUGUGAACGAGCAUAAAGGAAAUUUUCAAAAAUACAUUAUUUACAAACAAAAACAGAUACAAACAAAUAAACACAAUAUCUUUCAUUUCGUUCUCUUUGGUUGUUAGAAUUUCAAUUCAAUUUCGGUUAGUAUGUUGGGGAAAAGCAAGAAAAUUUUUACAAACUUACAUGCAUACUAGGGUGGGACAAAAAUUUUAAUUUUUUUCCUUAGAUAAAAUUAAACGUCUUUUUUUAGCCCACCCUAAUACAAACAGAUAUGAUUUAAAGUAUUUUAUUGAAAAGAACCCCGAGUAGAAAAAGCAGACAGCUUACAGCACAGAAAAUAUUUAGAUUUUUAAAAUAUUGUUUAAAGUAUAUUCGACAGAAUUCAGUAUUUAUACUCUAAAACCAUAACUUGGCUUUCGGCAGCCAUUCAGCUAAAGAAAAUUAAACUGAGUAAAGUGCCAAGCAGCCGAAGCCCCUGAAAACCUCAUUUGAAGUCGUGCUAUUAGAGAUUUGAAAAUCAACGCUUAUUCAGCUUAAAGAAAUGAUAGCUGAAUACUGUGCUGAAUGUGCUACAAAUCCAUCUUAUUCAUCAUUUCAAGUGUCACACUGCAAAAAUAUAUUUUUUUAUUAUCUUCCAUGUUUAAAUAUUUGUAUCUGAAACAGUCAACUGUGUAAUCACUGUAUGCAGAAGCUGUGCUGUAAUUAACUGAAAAUUGAACAAGUUGUAAUUUAGCUCUUUGAUACCGUAACUCAACUUACUUCAACUGUUUUGAAUUUUGUGAUUUUAAAAAAUUAAAAGUUUUUCAAAUGUGGCAUUUGAUAACUUUCUGGUAAACCUCAUCUGAUAUAUCGUUCGCAUGAAGAACUCGUCCACUAACUAACGGAUUCGUGUGACGAGUUAAAUAUGGCUCUCAAUAUGUAUUCUUAGUUUACAUGCCGUCCUUCAAGAGUUGAUUCCCGGCUUCUUCUAUUAUCGAGUUAAAAAAAAACUAUAUAAAUUUGUUUGUUUAAGCUUUGCUGACUGCUUAACUGUUCAGUCUUAUUUCUUCCCAUGAAGAUCAGUUAAUAUAUUAGCAUACUUUUAGGCGCACUGAUCACUGAUCACAGUGAGGUAUAAGAAUUUUGAGUCAGAAAUUAUUAUAAUUAUAAUUAUUUGAACGCACAAGGUGCAUUCAAUACGGAAAUUAUCGGAAUAGACUCAGAAAAAUUUGGAUGCAAACGAAAUGCAAUUAUAAUAUUAUAAAUUUUAUUGAUUUUUUGCAACAAAUUUUUUGACUUACAAAUUUUUAUUGGCUCUUCAUAUCUAAAUAAAAAUUAUGUCUACACUUUUCUUAUUUCUAAUUCGUGCUCUCUCCUCUCAUGGAGAUUUUUUGGGUUAUUAUCCUUCCGACUAAAAACUUCCAAGUUUUUGCUAGAAGUCUUAAUCAGUAUUAAAAGGUCUUGAAUGCAAUGUAUUCUGCAUGUAAGGUCGAGAAAAAACAUGAACUUUUUUUGUACAACAGAAUUUUUUAAACAACCGCUUAUCACUUUGAAAAUGUAAAAACUAUAAAUAGAUAAACCUCAUUUAUAUAUGUAUGUAGGUAUAUGCGGACCGCCUACCGUUAUUUCCCAAGUUGAUUUCUUUACAAACGCCCUCUGAAGUUUCAG